AACCUCUUAGAAACUCCGAAAACUGGACUGGACUACAAAAUCCAUCAAUAAAAUCUCUUCAGAUUACCAUCGACAAUGGCAGGGACCUCCGCCUCUCUGCAACACAACCAAUCUCUCACUUCUUUCUACACUGCCCUUGAUCCGAACUCCUUAAUCCUCUCCCAAUUCUUUAAUUCUGAUCAGCCUCAAAUGCUGAAAUUGACUACUACCGAGUCUUUUUUCAUGGAAAGAGGGCCGAGAUAUAAAGACUAUGCUGCUCUCAGAGAAUCAAGGCUGAGAAUGAAGAGUAUGCAGCAGCCAAUUCUUGAAGAAGAGGAAUUGAUUCUAACCCCACCAAAGAAACAGGUCAAAUUUCAAGGGAUUUUUGCUACACCACCAAAAAGGCCAAAAGGGACAUCAACAUCCUCUGUCUUGACUCAAUCUGUUCCCGAUUUUUCAUCGGCACUGAGGAAAGAGAACCGGAAGCCGCCACCGUUGCCUACUCUGCCACCUACAAUGGAGAAGUCAGUGACCCCUCCGUUGCGGUCGAAAAGCGGGAACUCUGGGAGGUUUGAUGGGAUUAUGGGGAAGCUGGGAGGGAGUAAGUCUGUGAAUUCAGGGGAGAAAAGGAGUGGAGGAUUGAUGGCUAGGAAGAGCUAUGCAAGUAUGGAGGAUUUGCGAGGGUUGGCUUCUGAUGCAAGAAAUGCUAUCAAUGCAGAAAACAGGGGAGGAAGGAUUGGAAGAGGAAUCGGCAAGACUGUUUUGGGCUAUAGGCAGUUUUGAGUUUGGAGUGGGCUGCUUUUGCUUUUGCCAUGAUUCUAUUCUUCCCUCUUCAUGUGAUGAUUUUUCUUUUUCUGUCAUUAGUUUACUUUUUGUUCUUUGAUUUUUUCCGAAGGUGGAUUUGACUCCUUGAGAGGGAUUUGACUCUUUGACUUGAAAAGGUUUAUCACCUGAAAGAUUCUUUCAAGAUAAUUUUCUUGAUGGAUUUUCUACUGUGUAGGAGCAGAGCACAGUGAUUUGGUGUAACAUAGAAUAUUGGAUUUAUUUGUGAUGAUACGGAUUGAUUCACAUAA